UCCUAGAAUUAGUUUCGUAGUGAAAAAAGAAGCUACAAUGUCUGUAACAUGCUCAAAGGCCCACGUCGUCCUUCUCUCAAGCCCAGGGAUAGGCCACCUCUCACCGAUUGUUGAACUUGCCAAGCGUCUUGCUCUAGAUCACAACCUAACUGCCACCAUCAUCACCUUCUUUGAUCGCUCUUCAGAUAUCCAACAAUCUAUGUUCUCCUCCCUUCCUAUAGGAGUAUCUACUGUUUGCCUUCCGCCUAUUUCUCUCGACGACCUCCCCACCAACACCCACAUCAUUUCACGCCUCUCAAUUAUGAUUUCUCGUUCAAUCCCCUUCCUGCGACAAAUUUUGCUCGACCUCCAAAUUAAGAACAAACGCAUUGCCGCUUACAUCAUAGACCUCUUCGGUGGGGACACUAUUUGCUUGGCACGUGAGCUCGGCGCUCCUAGUUACAUUUUCUUCACAACCAACUUCUUCUAUCUGUCCUUUUUGCUUAACCUUCCCACUCUUUGCCAUGAGCAACAUGACAACAACCCUGACUCGUUGCUUGCUCUGCCUGGUUGCACGCCGCUUUACCACAAUGAUUUUCCUCAAUCAGCCAUUGAUAAAAAAAGUGAUGUCUUUGCUUGGAUGAUUCAUCACUCAAAGCAUCAUGAUAAAGUGGAUGGAAUAAUGGUCAAUAGUUUUGAAGCCAUGGAAGGCGGUGCCGUCAUAUUUCUUAAAGAAAGGAGAAAUGGAAAGUCUCCUGUCCUGCCGAUUGGGCCGCUUACUUGUGUUGGCGGGACAGAAAAGGGCCUGGCUGAGUUAAAUUCCUGCUUGCAGUGGCUUGACCAACAACCGGUUCAGUCUGUGUUGUUCAUUGCAUUUGGUAGCGGUGGCACGCUUUCUUUUGAGCAGACAAAGGAGAUGGCCUUGGGACUUGAAAUGAGUGGCCAGAGAUUUUUAUGGGUCGUUAGAAUGCCGGUGGACGCUGAUAGAAGCGCGGCAUACUUCAGCGAUCAUCAGGGAAGGAACAACUUGCUGGGGUUCUUGCCGCAAGGAUUUCUUGAAAAAACGAAAGAAAAGGGGAAGGUAGUGGCUUCAUGGGGUCCACAACCAAAAAUACUCUCCCAUCAUGCCACGGGAGGAUUUCUUUCCCAUUGCGGAUGGAACUCAACUCUAGAAAGCAUUGUGAAUGGUGUGCCAAUGAUUGCAUGGCCACUCUACGCGGAGCAAGCCAUGAAUGCAGUGAUGCUUGUGGAGGGGGCGAAGGUGGCGUUGCGUCCCGCGAGGAUGAAAAAUGAUGACGUGGUGAGGAAGGAUGAUAUUGCGGAUGUGGUGAAGGAUUUGAUGGAAGGAGAAAGAGGAAAGGAUGUCCGUCGAAGAAUGCAUGACUUGAAAGUGGCAGCUCAAAACGCGGUAAAAAAAGAAGGGUCUUCGACCAAGACACUUGCCCAGAUGGUCAACAAUUGGAAGACACUAGCUCACAAUUAGAUGGGAAAAUUGUAUGUUUAGGGUGAUGUUUUGCUAAAAUAAAUAUGAAAUAAUAUGU